CGCGUGCGCAGGCGGCUGAGGCGGGCGGUGAAGCGGCGGCGGCGGCGGCGAUGGAGCCGGGAUACGGCGGAUAUGGCACCUGGAGCACCGGGGCCGCCAGCGCCCAGGCUUCCUAUGGCACAAACACGAGCAGCUGGCAAGGCUACGAGGGUUAUGAGUUCUACCCCGGGCAGAGCUCGGCCCCCACGGGAGCCUCCUACGGCUCCUGGGACGCCCCCAAGGCGGCCGAGCUGGGGCUGGGAUCCAGCGAGGGAUCGGCCGGAGCCGCCUUCGGAGCGGGAUCCGGAGCCGCCUUCGGAGCGGGAUCCACCUUCGGAUCGGGAUCCGCUGGGUCCGCCUUUGGCUCAGGAUCCGGGACCUCCUUCGGAUCCGGAUCGGCGUUCGGCUCAGGAUCUGGAGCUGCCUUCGGGUCGGGAUCUGCUGGAUCCACCUUUGGGUCAGGAUCUACCUUUGGAUCAGGAUCUGGGACCUCCUUUGGAUCAGGAUCCACCUUCGGAUCGGGAUCCGGGACCGCCUUCGGAGGGGGAUCUGCAGGAUCCACCUUUGGAUCAGGAUCAGGAACCGCUUUUGGAUCGGGAUCCGGGACCGCCUUUGGCUCAGGAUCUGCCGGAUCCACCUUUGCAUCAGGAUCAGGAACCGCUUUUGGCUCAGGGUCAGGAUCCACUUUUGGCUCAGGAUCGGGCUCCACCUUUGCCUCGGGAUCGGGCUCCACCUUUGCCUCGGGAUCGGGAUCCACCUUUGCCUCGGGAUCGGGAUCCACCUUCGGCUCGGGAUCCGCCGGAUCCUCGGGCCCGGCCGAGCCGCCGGGCUCCAGCCCCGACUCGCUGAUUGCCAAGAUCAACCAGCGCCUGGACCUGCUGGCCAAGGAGGGCAGUGAGGGCCCCGAGCAGCAGCACAGGGAUUUCAGCGUUUCGGGAAGGUUGAAUCUCAAAUUUUAG